AUGCGGCAACCUCUAACGGCGCCUCCUCGUGAGGGCUCCCCCGCUCUCCCUGAGGGAGAAAAGGAAGCAAACGAAGAAGCAAUAGACUGGGGGAGACACCAGCCAAGGACGCUGCAGCAGCUUCAGAUGGUGAUGCAAGCUCACAGCGCAAGGAAGCUGCUACGGGCCCUCGCAGAGAAGCGGCAGAUGCUGGAGGAAGCAGUUGCUGCUGCUAAGGAGACGGGGAUGCUGCAGCAAGCGAGAGAGGCAGCCCUAGCAGCAAACAGAAGACAUCUCCGCAAGAUAGAGGCCAAGAUGGUGAUGCAAGCUCACAGCGCAAGGAAGCUGCUACGGGCCCUCGCAGAGAAGCGGCAGAUGCUGCUGCGUUUCGCUGCUUUCUUCCACCGCCGCGUGAUGCCGGAGACAGACGAGCGGGUUGUCUUCAGCAGGCUGCAACAGCUACACCUGGAUAGCCGGCGUGGCAGCUACACCUGGAUAGCCGGCGUGCAUCUGUUGAGGGUGGGGGCCCCCCUGCUGAGUCUGGACUCACCAGCUCCUUCUCCUGGGGGGAGGGGCUCCCCGCUGCAGCAGCAGCUGCAGCAGCAGCAGCAGCAGCAGCAGCAGGGGGAGGAGCAGCAGGGGGACUCUCUUUCUUCUUUACUAGCAGACUCACCAGCUCCUUCUCCUGGGGGGGGUUCCCCGCUGCAGCAGCAGCUGCAGCAGCAGCAGCAGCAGCAGCAGCAGGGGGAGGAGCAGCAGGGGGAGGAGCAGGGGGAGGAGGGGGAGCGGGAGGAGGAGGAAGGGGAUGGGGGCCCCAAGGGAUACCUAGAAGGGGCCCCCAAGGUCUGUACACCAGAAAAAGAAAAUAAUAUGCAGGCGCUGCUGCUGCAUGCGCAUGCAGAGAGAAGCAGAGAAAAUGCUCCCACUGCAGCAGCAGCAGCAGCAGCAGCAGCAGCAGCAGCACCUGCUGCAGCAGCAGCACCUACUGCAGCAGCAGCAGCAGCAGCAGCUGCUGCUGCUGCUGCUUCUGCUGCAGCAACACCCGUCAGGCUGGGCCUCGCCAGACCCCCACCGCCCCCCGAGGGCUUCGCGGGGACCUUCUCCCUCCGCAGCCUCGUCGGCUCCAGGCGCAUGCGCUGA